AGCGCAAUUUGUCAGAGUACGAAUGGUGUCUGCCUCCCUCGCUCCUUGUACGCAUGUCUGUUCAUUUUUGGGCACAGGAGGCACAAGGACUUGGCUGCAUGAAAGCUUCGCGCGUCGCUCCGCUCCCUUCAUCAUGUUGUUAUUAUAGUUUAGAGCUCGCUUGCGUCUUUUGUUUUUCCUGCUGGAGCCGUUGAGUUGAAUGGUACCGGGAGGAGGACUCGGUUCCUCUGCUUUGCCAGAGUAAAAUAAAGCCCCAGCAGAAAAAAAGACAGGCAACAUUGGUGUUAUUUUCUGCACUGGUUUCUACGAUAAGGUCUUUUGAACUGUCGGACUGCAGGAAUACAACACAUUUAAGCUGUUGUUUCCUCGAUGCACGGCCACUAGAGAAGAAACAAGAAGAAAAACGGUGGAAAGCGCAUUACAAGUCGGAUCAUCACCACAGACCCAAGAGAGAGUCCUCGACUUACAGGGUCUCACCCUACAACCCGAGGGACGAUGUCAUCUACGAAAUUCAAGAAGGAUAAGGAGAUCAUAGCGGACUAUGAGACCCAAGUGAAAGAGAUCCGUAACCAGCUGGUGGAGCAGUUCAAAUGCUUGGAGCAGCAGUCUGAGUCUCGUAUCCAGCUGCUGCAGGACCUGCAGGAGUUCUUCCGCCGCAAAUCAGAGGUUGAGCUGGAAUACUCCCGCAGCUUAGAGAAACUGGCCGAGAGGUUCUCCUCCAAGAUCCGCAGCUCCAGGGAACACCAACAGUUCAAGAAAGACCAGCACCUGCUGUCCUCAGUAAACUGCUGGUACCUGGUGCUGAACCAGACGAGACGAGAGAGCCGUGACCAUGCCACCCUCAGCGACAUCUACACCAACAAUGUCAUUGUCCGCUUGGCCCAGAUCAGCGAGGACGUCAUCCGCCUGUUCAAGAAGAGCAAGGACAUUGGGAUCCAGAUGCACGAGGAGCUGGUGAAGGUGACGAAUGAACUCUACACUGUGAUGAAAACAUACCACAUGUACCACACUGAGAGCAUCAGUGCAGAGAGCAAGCUGAAGGAUGCUGAGAAGCAGGAGGAGAAGCAGUUCAGCAAGUCUGGAGAUCUCAGCGUUAACCUCCAGCGCCACGAGGACCGCCAACCAAGACGCAGCUUCGUCAGGAAAAUUGAGAAGAUGAAAGAGAAGAGGCAAGCCAAGUACUCAGAGAAUAAGCUGAAAUGCACAAAAGCCCGGAAUGACUAUUUGUUGAACCUGGCAGCAACAAAUGCAGUUGUGGCAAAAUAUUACAUCCAUGACGUCUCUGAUAUGAUUGAUUGCUGUGACCUGGGCUACCAUGCUAGCUUGGCACGCACCUUCAGGACCUACUUAUCUGCCGAGUACAACUUGGAGACAUCACGCCACGAGGGACUGGAUAUCAUAGAGAAUGCAGUGGACAACCUGGAUUCCCGCAGUGACAAGCACAAGAUCAUGGAUAUGCAUAACCAGGUGUUCUGCCCUCCAAUGCGCUUUGAGUACCUGCCACACAUGGGAGAUGAGGUGUGCCAGGUGAGCGCCCAGCAGCCUGUCCAGACUGAACUCCUGAUGCGCUACCACCAACUGCAGUCUCGCUUAGCUACGCUAAAGAUUGAGAAUGAGGAGGUGAGAAAGACCUUGGAUGCCACCAUGCAAACGCUGCAGGACAUGCUGACUGUAGAGGACUUUGACGUGUCGGAUGCCUUCCAGCACAGCCGCUCCACAGAAUCCAUUAAGUCUGUGGCCUCCGAGUCCUACAUGAGCAAGCUGAAUGUAGCCAAGAGGAGGUCAAACCAACAGGAGACUGAAAUGUUCUACUUUUCAAAAUUCAAAGAGUACCUGAAUGGCAGUAACCUCAUCAUUAAGCUGCAGGCCAAGCAUGACUUACUGAAGCAGACACUUGGUGAAGGGGAAAGGGCUGAGUGUGGAACUACAAGGCCCCCCACCCUUCCCCCUAAACCACAGAAAAUGCGGAAGCCUAGGCCACGCUCCAUGUAUAACCAUAAGCUGUUUAAUGGCAAUAUGGAGACCUUCAUCAAGGAUUCAGGUCAACCAAUUCCACUUGUUGUGGAAAGCUGUAUCAGAUACAUCAAUCUAUACGGCUUGCAGCAGCAGGGCAUAUUUCGCGUGCCAGGAUCACAGGUGGAAGUCAAUGAUAUUAAAAACUCAUUUGAGAGAGGUGAAGAUCCCUUGAUUGAUGACCAGAAUGAGCAUGAUAUCAACUCAGUGGCAGGGGUGCUGAAGCUGUACUUCAGAGGACUGGAGAACCCCCUCUUCCCAAAGGAGCGCUUCCUGGACUUCAUCUCCACCAUCAAGCUGGAGUCGGGAGCCGAGAGAGCACAUCACAUCCAGCAGAUUGUUGUGACUCUUUCUCGCACCGUCAUAAUCGUCAUGAGAUACCUUUUUGCUUUUCUCAAUCAUCUCUCCCAGUACAGUGACGAGAACAUGAUGGAUUCAUACAAUCUGGCAAUCUGCUUUGGUCCAACCCUGAUGCCCAUCCCAGAUGAACAGGAUCCUGUAGCGUGCCAGGCACAUGUUAACGAAGUCAUCAAGACCAUCAUCAUCCACAAUGAACUCAUCUUUCCCAGUCAACGUGAGCUGGACGGCCCAGUGUACGAAAAGUGCAUGACUGGAGGGGAGGAGUACUGUGACAGCCCCCACAGUGAACCAGGAACUAUUGACGAGGCUGACAAUGGAACUGAACCACACACAAGUGAUGAAGAGGUUGAGCAGAUCGAGGCCAUCGCUAAGUUUGACUAUGUGGGACGGAGUCCCAGGGAGCUGUCCUUCAAGAAGGGAGCCUCUCUGCUUCUGUAUCACCGAGCGUCUGAAGACUGGUGGGAGGGCCGGCACAAUGGUGUGGACGGCCUCAUCCCACAUCAGUACAUUGUAGUACAAGACCUGGAUGAUGCCUUCUCAGAUAACCUCAGCCAGAAAGCAGAUAGUGAAGCGAGCAGUGGACCAUUGCUAGAUGAUAAGGGUUCAUCCAAAAAUGAUGUCCCGUCACCAUGUGAACAAUCACCUGAUUACAACUUUGGAGGAGUCAUGGGAAGGGUAAGGUUACGAUCCGAUGGAGCUGCAAUCCCACGUCGUCGGAGUGGCACAGACACCCACAGCCCAACCAGAGUGGCUGACACUCCACCACGGGCUGCAGCCUGUCCCAGCAGCCCCCACAAGGUGUCCAUCAGCAAGGGCCGUAUGGAGAGCCCAGAAAAGAGGCGCCAUGGCACCUUUGGCAGUGCGGGAAGCAUCAACUACCCAGACAGGAAGGCCUAUCCUGAGGGCCACCCUCUGAGACCAGUGCCAGGGGCCACUCGUCACAGCAGCCUCGGGGACCACAAAUCACUGGAGACUGAAGCUCUGGCAGAGGACAUUGAGAAAACUAUGACUACAGCACUCCAUGAGCUACGUGAGCUGGAGCGACAGAACACCGUUAAGCAGGCUCCCGACGUGGUCUUGGACACCCUGGAGCCCAUGAAGAACCCAGUUAGCUCUGAGCCCGGCAGUCCACUGCAUACCAUUAUGAUCCGUGACCCGGAUGCAGCCAUGCGCCGCAGCAGCAGCUCCACCUCUGAGAUGAUGACCACCUUCAAACCCGCUCUCUCUGCCCGGCUGGUUGGGGCUCAGCUGCGCCCCCCACCCAUGAGGCCGGUGCGCCCUCCUCCCACCCAGCACCGCUCGAGCAGCUCCAGCUCUUCAGGGGUUGGCAGCCCUGCUGUAACUCCCACUGAGAAGAUGUUUCCAAGUAACAAUACUGGUUCUAAUAUGAAUACGUCCAGUGAUGCCGGGGAUAAGUCUGGUACCAUGUAGCAAAGGUGGAAUCUGCUAGGUGGGAAGGUUGUAAAGCUUUCCAAGUGAGGGGAAAGCUUAUGGAAAUGGGUACUGAUGUGUGAAGAGCAGAUAUGAAUAUAGUUUUCUGCCUGACUUAAUUCGUAAAUUCAGGAAGCUCCUGAAGUGAGCCUACGGUAUGUUACCAUGGGGAUAAAGCAGUGGAAGAAGCUGUAGAGUUGUCAUAGCGUAAAGCUCAACUCUCUUUGAAACUUGAUUUAACUAGAGAAAAUGUGUAUAAGAAUACAUGUAUUUCAGUUUUACCUCAGUUUCAACUAAAAUCUGUGACCAUGUUCUCGUUUCACAGAUACAAUGAAUGCAAGUGAAGCAAUACUUGUGUGAAAUUUGGUAUUAGUUUCCACCCAGCACACGUUGUCCAGUGGAUGUUUCAGUCACUCCUGCUGAUGUGUAUGAAACACCUCAUCUGGACGGGUGUAAACCUUCAGGCUAAAAUACCAUGUCUGUUUACCAUUUAGGUCACAGGCCUUAUGGCUGUACAUACAAACUUACUUGAAGUCACCAUGCUUUCUGUUUGUACUAUAAUACAGUGGAUGUUCAGCAAAGUAACAGCUUAGUGACAUUAUAUAUGACUGCAUGCAGGGUUUGGAGAAAAUAAGGAAAAUAUUAAAGGCUUGCGUCAUUGAGAAAUUUGUAAUGAUGGGGGCUUUUCUCGUAUGGUCAUUGUAAGCAUAAAAUAUUAGUUUGAAAUUUUCAAUGAUGAAAAAAGAAAUCAGAUGUCCAAAUAUUUGAUCAAGUAGAUGUACCUGAAGUCAUCCUGUUCACUGCUAAAAAUAAAAUCAUCCCGGCAUGAAGAUGAUCUCUGGAGUCUUAGACAUUACUAAUCAGAACUUAACAAAGCCAAAGUCAUCCUCCACCAUCAAGUACAGUUGGACUGUGGGCAGACUUAACGUGACUGUUUCCAUGUUUUUUUUCUAUGUCCUGUAUAUGAAAUGCAGAAAACUAAUGCACCAACUAAUGUAGGAAUCCUGUGGUAAACUUGUACAUAAUAUAUAGCUAGUAAUUUUUUAAGUGUUAAUCAUGUACAGGCUAAUACGAAAAAGGCAAUGGGUUGGUUGUGAAGGGCACUUGUUAAGAUCAUAAACCACCUUUUUAUCAUCUUCAGUAAACUACAAACAUAUUUUUUGGCUGUGUAAAGUAGAGGUCAAGUCAUUUACCUUGUACUUUGUGCUUAGGAUGCAUUUGGAAAUUGCACUGUAGAAAACUGAUUGCUGUUGAACAGACAACAAAGGCUGAAUAAAUGUUUUCUCCAUUAUGUUUUUGACACUCAGUUCACAAAGCUUGAACCAUUGCCUCUUCAAGUAAUUUCAUUAUUGCACAAGAUACAUUGAAAAGUACCCUCUGACAGUUCCUCUUUCAAAUUUAAAAUGUGAGACUCACCCAGAGGAACCUGAGAAGUAUGAUGUGGUGACAUAUAAAUGUUUCAGCUGUUUCCUUCCUUCCUGCCUUUUUCUGAUCCUUGUUGAUAGUUACAGUUAUGCUCUGAGUGUAGACUAUUCAUUUUUUCGUUUUGAAGAAAACUAAAUAGAGCACAUUUCAGUGUUUAUAUCUACUGUACCUCUUGUCAUUCUGACAGCUCUAGUCCAGAGACUUUGUUAUCUGCAUCCCAAAGAGCCUGCUCUAUUCUGCAUGUUGUGUGCUGUAAUGUCUGACUCAUAUUCUGGGGCAGUUAAACAAUGGCUGUAUGUGGUGCCUUGCCUUGGUAAAACGCACAAUUAAUUAAAUAUUGGAUGUUAGUUUUUUUCCUUAAGAAAUGGGCCUUAACAUUUGUGAGGAUUGGAAUGAUGAAUUAAGCUGCUUGUAGCAGUUGCUAAAAUAUAAGUGAAAGAGAGCAAUGCUUGAUUGAGCAAAAAAAACUUAAAUAUUAGCAUAUAAUCCAGGCCUUGAUUCCUGUCAACUCUGCGGUCAUUCUGUACUAUAAACUGAAAAUAUUAGCUUGUUGUCAAUGUAUUGUUUGCUUUUUAGUUGUCAGAGACAGAUUUAUGAAUGUCCACGGUGGGAGGCUUCUGAAGAACAGAGAGCUCCUCCAGCCAGAAAAAGGCAAUACAGCAUUUAAAGUCAUACAGUGCACUCACAUCCUCUGCUGGUUCCGGCUGGUAUUGUGUCUUGAUACUAUCACUUUACGUGGGCAUUAUGAGUAUGAUCUGCAGUUAAUAUUACAAUCACUAAGCUUAUCCAUAUAGUUCUUUUUGUUUGUUCUGGUUACAGUUUUGCACCUGUGGAAAUCUAUGAAGAUAAUGUAACAAAAAAAAGCAUACGUUUAUUGAAAUACAAAGAAAGCACACAAUUUCAAAAGGGGAAAUUAUCAUCAUUAUAUUUAACUAGACUGUUUUUUUUAUAGACACUUGUAUAAGUGGAGCAGAAAAUUUGAGUGCCUUUUGUGCACAACUUCAAUUUUUAUUGGACUUUUAUAUUUACUUUUUUAACUGUAAUAUUUUGUCUAUUAGUUGUCAUGUUUAUUAUAAACUGAUGUUGCUUUUUAAUCUUUACUUUCUUUACUCAGUCGUCAAACCUCCAUAAGGAAUACAUUGUGUAAAAAUAUUCUUCUCAUGAAUAAGAAUCAUCAUGAAAUGCUCGUCUGUGUUUUUGGUGAUUGCUGAAGAAUUAUAAAAACUACUGUAUACACAAUCUACUGGUGAAGUUCAGUAGAAUCAUCUCAGAACAUUUCUUUCAUCUUUUUGUUUUCCGUGUGAACUGCCUGUGCUGUAGUUGAGCCGUAACUCUUGUCAUUUAACUCCUUCCCUUUCAAAGCAAAAUCAUUGCAGUUUUGUUGGAGUCAGUGGGACUGAUAUGGACCCUCUUGCGGAGGUUAUAAGGCACUUGGUGCACUCUCCUUUUCCCUAAAUGUGAUGUGACACAGACAUUUUCUUUCCUGGGAUGUGUGCUGAAAAUGGUAACACUGUCUGCUGAUAUGAGAAGACAUUAAGUUCAUAUUCAAAAAGGACAUCACAGUAAGAGAGCAGACUGAGCGCCUGCCAUGGGGACCAGAGUAUGAGUUGCUGUCACACUGUUUAUCUUCUCUUUAAUUGUUUGUCUAGUGAUGCUGUUUGUUGAUGAGUGUCUGGUUGUUUGAAACCCUGUGAUGUAAUGUACACCAUACCACUGACUGGAUGUUGAAAAUCCUUGCAUCCAAAUAAAACCAUUAUUGCUCUGUGA